AUGUUCCUGGAUCCUUUAGCAGCCAAGACAGUGUUUGAAUCAGAAGUUAAUAUCACACUCAUUCCACUAAGCACCCAGCGCAGAUUAAUUUCGUUUUCAGCCAUUAUAGGCGAGUUACGCAGGACACCAAGAACACCAGAGGCUGUAUUUUCAGAGAAACUGCUGUCAAGGCUAUACCGUUUAAAACAAUCUCAAAGCAUAUAUCAACAUAUGGGCACAUUCUUGGGGGAAAUUCUAGGCGCAGUUGUCUUGGCUGAUAGCUAUUCAGGUCUUAAUCCAAAAUUUGGGGUGAAGCCCAUUAAAGUUUUGGCUGAUGGCAAUGAAUCAAGUGAUGGAAAAAUCGUGGUGGAUGAAAAAGGUGGAAAAUUGGUGAGAAUUUUAAGCAGUGUGGAUGCCAAGGCUUACCAAAGUUUGUAUGCAAACAGGCUUGGCCUUAAGGAGCAGUCAGCUAAGAUAGGGAGCUUUGAGGAACAGUGGAGAAGAUGGAGUCAUCCUCAAAAUUAA